GCAAAUUCAUUUACUAACGCUGCUUCCAAAACCCUAAACCCUAGAUUCUUGCUUUCUCUCCUUUGUUGUACCUUCACAAAUCACAAUAAUGGCAAAAACUUUGGACGAAGAAACCGUCAAGAAGAUCAUUAGACAGGUUGAGUUUUACUUCAGUGAUAGUAAUCUCCCAAAAGAUGGGUUUCUCAGGAAAACUGUGGAAGAAAGCGAAGAUGGGUUGGUCAGUUUAGCUUUGAUAUGUUCGUUUUCACGGAUGAGGUCUCACUUGGAUUUGGGGGUGGCAAAGACAGAAGAUAUAUCAGAUGAUACUGUACAAUCUGUUGCUGAAGCUUUAAAAGCUUCUUCUUUUCUUAAGAUUUCGGAAGAUGGGAAGAAAGUUGGUAGAGUCAGUGCGCUUGCGAAGCCUGAGGAGGUUAUUGAACAAAUUGAUGUUAGGACGGUUGCUGCAUCCCCAUUGGAAUACAGUAUUAAGCUUGAAGAUGUGGAGUCUUUCUUUGGUCAGCAUGGCAAGGUUAACAGUGUGAGACUGCCUCGUCAUGUAGCUGACAAAAGGAUGUUUUGUGGCACUGCUCUUGUUGAGUUCUCCAAUGAGGAAGAUGCGGCUAACAUUUUGAAGAAAAAUUUGGUUUAUGGAGGAGUCGAAUUAGAACUGAAACCAAAGAAAGAUUUCGAUGUUGAAAGAGCCAAUGAGGAGAAAGAAGUUGAGCUCAACCCUCCUCGUAGUGGUCCAAAUGGUAAAAAUAAUUCGAAGUCUGAACUAGACUAUCCAAAGGGCUUGAUCAUUGCAUUUAAGUUGAAGAGAAUCUCUGCUGAAAGCUCUACAGAACAGAAUGGUAAUCAUAAACCGGCUACUGAAAGCAUAACUGCUCCCAAAACAGAAGGCAAUGAAGAUACAACAAAAGACAAUGUUGAAGUGACAGAUGAGAAAGUGACAGAAGAUAUUAAAGAUGAAGACAAUAAUGAGAAGGGUAAGAAAAAAGAUGCAGAGGAUGGAAGUGGGGAGACUGAUGUUCAGAAUCCGGAAGUCGCAGUGAAAUCCAUGGACAUUCCAACUGAAGAUGAUGAGCAAGCUCCAGCUGAAGAAAAAUUAUCGAUUGCUGCUUGCAAGGAUAACAAGGACAUUGUUAUGCGUGAAGACUUGAAGAGCGUAUUCCAAAAAUUUGGUACUGUGAAGUUCAUCGAUUUCACUAUUGGAGCAGAAUCAGGAUAUAUAAGGUUUGAAAAUGAAGAGGCUGCACAGAAAGCACGUGCUGCUGGAGUGCUUGCUGAGGAAGGUGGCUUGGCGGUGAAAAAUUUCAUUGCUGCCUUGGACCCUGUAACUGGUGAUGCUGAGAGGGAAUACUGGAAUAUGUUCCGUAAUAACCAACAGGACAAACGCCGUGACUUUAAAGGGAAUAGGGGAAGGGGAGGAGGAAGGUUCAACAGAGGUGGGAAGCAUUCACGUGGAAGGGGAAACGAUUUUGGUGGACGCCCAAACAAAUUCCAGAAAACUAGGUCAUAAAGAAUUUAAUCUUUUUGUAUCAUUUACUAUCAAACCUGUCAACCUAUCUUGUUCCACAUUACUACGAUAAUAUACUUUCAUCGUCGUAAUGUGUUACUAAUUUUGUGCCUUAAUUUAUGUCUCAAUAUCAUAAAAUAGUUAUGUUCUCCA